AGCAAAUGUCGGAGCGGGCGCGGGCCACUGGGGGAAGUUGUGCAGGGUCAAUAACACGCACAAAGAUCCACGCACACACAGGCAGGGGAUCCGCAAAUCACGCACACGAGCUCGCUCGGGCAACAAGUCGUGUGCGCAACUUCCAAACAUUCUGCUUUGGUUGUUUGGCAACUUUUGGGGGAGUUGGUCGCUGCAAAGAUGACCACAGCUGUGGUGUCGCCUUUCUUCGACUUCGAAGCAAUCAAUAAGAACAACAAGUUGCUGGGCUACAACGGCAACCUGGCUGCCGCUCACGCCAGCGUCUCCGGCGCCCUGCUGGACAGGAAGGCGGUGGGCUCCCCGGGGGUGUACCAGCGGCGGCACUCUGUCAGCAGCGGCAGCGCAAAGUUCAACCAGAACCAGUUCCUCAACAGCCUGAAGGCGGCCGAGCACUCGCCGCUCAUCACGGGGCUCGGCGGCAACAACAAGGAAAACCACCUGCGGCUGCGCGACCGCUCUUUCUCUGAGACGGGCGAGCGGCUCCUGCACAAGUGCCUGGGCCCAGCCAGCCCCACGGGCGGUCAGGUGAACUCCAGCCGCUACAAGACGGAGCUGUGUCGCCCCUUCGAGGAGAACGGCGCCUGCAAGUACGGCGACAAGUGCCAGUUUGCGCACGGCAUCCACGAACUGCGCAGCCUGAGCCGCCACCCCAAGUACAAGACAGAGCUGUGCCGCACCUUCCACACCAUUGGAUUCUGCCCCUACGGGCCCCGCUGCCAUUUCAUCCACAAUGCCGACGAGCGCCGCGGACCCCCGCUCAAGUCCAACAACGGUUCAUCUCCGUCCCCCUGCUCUUCCUCCUCCUCCUCGGGCGAGAUGGAGCGGCCCCGGCUGCAGCACAGCUACAGCUUUGCCGGCUUCCCCAGUUCGGCGGGGCUCCGCGACAGCCCCACGUCCGUCACCCCGCCGCCCAUGUUCUUCCCCGACGAGGUGCCCGACUGGCCAAGCAGCAACCCUUUCACCUACUCCAGCCAGGAGCUGGCCAACCUGUUUGGGCCCAGUCUGGGCGGCAUCACCCUGGGCCCCGAGCCCGGCAACGGCGCGCCUCCUUCCCCCACCAACGGGCCUUACUACUUCCGACCAAUGCUGGAGUCGCCCCAGAUGUUCGAGUCCCCGGCCAGCCCGCAGGACUCCCUCUCGGACCAGGAGGGCUACCAGAGCAGCUCCGGGAGCAGCCUGAGUGGCUCCGAGUCACCCACGCUCGACACCACCCGCCGACUCCCCAUCUUCAGCCGCCUCUCCAUCUCAGAUGAUUAGACGGCACGCCUUAUCAUGCCCCUUUGGGGUUUUUUUGACACGGGGAGAAUGGGGCCUCAGGCGGCGUCACUUCCUUGUCACCGCCACAAGGACGUAGGGCAGGAUUCCCCCCCAACGUUUGCCGCCUUACACACCGGCCAUCCAGGCCUUCUUUUUUCCGCCUUUUUACCGGCUUGCUGCCCUGUGUGUAAGGUAUGCGGGCUGGGGGGUUUGAUGUUGUCCCAGGAAUUUGGGAAAUCACAGGCGGAACGCCGCCGGCCACGACAGAGGGUGUGAAGUUUAACACUCGAGACUCACUGCCAAAAACCUUUUGAUCAUUUUACUCUGACAAUCUGCGACCCGGAAGAUCUGGGCCCCGCGGGUCUCAGUUUGGGAAACCUAAAAAAAAGUGACUGGCAAACCAUUUUGGGCCCCGAUGCCUCAGUUUGGGAAACCUCAAAACAUACCAAUCAACCACGUUUGGACCCCUGAACCCCAACAAAGGUCAUCCGCCAACAAUUUUGGGCCCCAGAGACUCAACGAUUUUGAACCCCCUGAACCUCAGUUUAGGCAGACUUAUGAACCAUUUUCAGCCCCUGUGCUUCAGUUUGGAAAAUACAUAAAAAUGAGAAACGACCGAUUUUCAAACCAUAUGCCUCAGUUUGUAAAACCCGGUAACCAGCGAACUAUUUCUGGACAACUGUGCUUAAGUCUGUGUAACAGGAUGACCCAAAAAAGUAAUUUCUUCAACACACGAGCCUCAUUUAGGAAAAUAUGUUACCCACAAACCAGCUCCACAGUUUGUGAAACCGUGUCACCCAGAAAACGUAUUUGCGAACCUAUUUUGGGCCCCCAUGUGCCUCAGUUUGUGAAACUUGGUAACACACAAACAAUUUUUGGUACCCUGAGCCUCCACCAGGCAAAACCCAGGAUCCAAAGAAAGUGACCCAAGAGCCAUUUUGGGCCUUCAAGCCUAAAUUCGGGACACAAGUCAUCCGAAAAUUACUCGAAUAAUUUUCAGCCCCAUGCCGACGUUUAGAAAACCUGGCGACCCAGAAAAAGUCACGCGCGAACCAUUUUGAGUCCCCUGUACCUCAGUUUGGGACCGCCCGCAAGUUUAGGAACCGUCAGCAAAUCAUUUCAUCCCUGUUAAUCUGCACACAGCCAGUUUAUUUUGUUUUAGGGGAGUAAAGUGAAAAAGAAAAGUGCCCUGCCAUGUGUCAUAGUGCCAAAAAAAAAAAAAAAAAACAUCAGAAAGGAAUUCAACUGAAAAUCACGAGAAUUGACUCUUAUAAUUUUUUGUUAUUUUUCCGCCAAGUUUUUUUUCUCUCUCUCUUCUCGAAUGUGUAGCAGCACAAGUGGCCUUGGAAAAGAAACCGGGGGACUGUAUUGCACUAGCCGCCCCGCCUCAUUGCCCCCAUCCCCCACUACCCAAGAACCAGAACAAACAAAAAACAGAAAAGAUAUGAAUAGUUGCAACAAUAAAUAAAUGCAAAGGAAAAAGUGCCUAGGGGAUGGGGUUUGUGUGUUUUGCCUGGGGGUGAAUGGACUACUGUGCUUAUGUAAUUGUGAUGUAGGGUGAGUCUGCAGGAAGGACUUUUGAACUGGAAGUUGGUCGCCACCCACCCGCAACACCCCCCCUCCUCCCUUCACCCCCACCUUUUUUUCUCAUCCUGUUGCUGGUCACUGGCUUCUUAUUUUAUUUUUCUUUAUCUUUAUUAAGAUGAUCAUCAUUGGCCACCUCACUUGACAAGAUUUCCAAGCUCUCUUUUCUUCCUUUUUUUUAUUAAUGUUAUUAUGAUUAUUAUUAUUAAUAUUAUUUGAGAACUUUCCAGACAGGUUUUUUUUUUUUUUUUUUUUGCUUGUCACUGCUUAUUUAACUUAUCAGAACAUAUUUAUUGGUGAUCAUAUGCGUUUUUUUCCUCUCGUUUUUUUUUUGUUGUUGUUUAAUUUUUGUAUUUAUCUGGAUAAUGAACAAUAGAAUAUAUUUUCUUUUAUGUUAAAUUAUGAUCUUCCAUAUUAAUCUAAAGAUUGUGAAGACAUUUUGUCGGUUUUCUUUUUGUUUUUCUUUUGUUUUCUCCACAGUUUAAUAUAUUGUUCUUCUGCAACUACACUUUUUUGUCAAAAUUAAUUUAAACUGGGACAAGAAAAAAAAUGCCGUUUUUGAUUAUUUAUUUCAUAUCUUCCCUUGUAACUGCAAUUCCACCGGAAUUGUUUUUUUUUUCUCGUUUAGCUGUUUCCUCCACACACACACACACACACACUUUUCGAGUGCUUUCGAGAAGUAACUCGGGUGCUUUUAAGAUGUUUUUCUUUUCUUUUUUUUGUUUUUUGGGGUAACGUUCCUCCUAUUUCCACCCAGUCUGCUGUGACCAAAUAGCUUGAGGAAAAGUGAGUUCAAGUGCCUCGUUUGCGUACAUUCCAGGUAGCUAAGGAUGACGGAGGACCUGUUUUUUGUUGUUGUUUUUUUCCCCCCUGUGUUGCCUUCAUACGUUUUACAGAAAACAAGUUGUUUUUUUUUUUUUUUUUUGGGACACAAAGAAAGUAAAAAGACAAAAACUGUUGAAUGUAUAUUUCCAGCCAUGUUUGUCACUACAGUCCUGUGCUGUCACCUCUUUCUUUUUUUGUAAAGUAUUGAUUGCAGUUCAAAGUCAAUAAACCCCUUAUUUUUCCGGAAAAA